UCAGAACAUUUUAUGUUCAUCUAGACGGGAUGAUGUGCCAAAAGAGAAAGUUGCUGCACAGGUGAAAGUGGCAAGAGCACCUUCAUCAAGCAGAUGAGAAUCAUACAUGGCAAAGGCUACACAGAGGAGGACAGAAAGGCCUACACCAAUCUGGUGUUCCAGAAUGUCUUUGUUGCCAUUCAGACCCUGAAAAAUUCAAUGUAUGCUGCAAAGCUUACAGCAGUGACAGCAGGUACAGUACACUCAAUUAGUUCUGAAUAUGCUGAAGCUAUCAAGAGUGUUUGGAGAGACUGUGGCCUGCAGAAAUGCUAUGAACGUCGGAGAGAGUUCCAACUUUCAGACCCUGCCAAAUAUUACCUUGAUGACAUUGAUAGAAUCUCUGCAGAAUUGUACUUACCCAGCCUGCAGGAUAUUCUGCGAGUCCGAAUUCCGACCACAGGCAUCAUUGAGUAUAUCUUUGACCUCCAGACGGUCAUUUGCAGAAUGGUUGAUGUCGGAGGCCAAAAGUCAGAGAGACGCAAGUGGAUCCAUUGUUUUGAAAAUGUUACUUCCAUGAUCUUUCUGGUGGCUCUAAGCGAGUACGAUCAGGUCUUAUACGAGUGCGAAAAUGCGAACCGUAUGGAAGAGAGUAAGGCGCUAUUUAAGGCCAUCAUCUCAUACCACUGGUUCCAGAAGUCCUCGAUCAUUCUUUUCCUCAAUAAGAUAGACAUCCUGAAGGAGAAGAUCUCAACUUCACACCUUGCAGACUAUUUUCCAGAAUAUACAGGCCCUAAAAAUGAUGCAGAUGCUGCAAUGAAGUUCAUUUUGUCCACGUAUGAGCAACAGAACUCCGACAUAGAAAAUCCCAUCUAUGCACAUUUUACUUGCGCAACUGACACAGAGAACAUCCAACUUGUUUUCAAAGCGCACCAUUCUGCAACUCAACCUUAAGGAGUUUUACAUAAAUUAGGUA